CGGAUCAUCACAGUAUCAAGCUGGCACCAAGUGACAGCGCGGCUGGGGAGUGAGAAGUCGCUGCAGGAGACGGGGAUGGUGCCCCUGGCGCUGCUCUGUGGUGGACUCCAGUGAUUAAAGCCGGAAGGAGAUGGAGUCAAGAGCCCUGCUGUCUGUCAUCCCUGUUGAGGGGAUGACCUGUAACUCUUGUGUCCAGAGCAUUGAGAAAAGGAUUGGAAGUCUCAAUGGAGUUCACAGCAUUCAGGUAUCGCUGGAGGGGAAAAAUGCUGCUGUUAUUUAUGACCCUACUUCACAGACGUCAGAUGCUCUUCAGGAUGCAAUUGAGGAUAUGGGAUUUGAUAGUGCACCUGUGUUCACGAACCCGCAGCCUGUACCUACAGAGAGCACCUUCCUCUACACAUCUCCAGAGCAAUCUACAGAGGACAUCUGCAGUGGACUCCUGCAGCUGAAAGGUGUCCUGGAUGCCAGGAGCUCCCCAGACGGAGCAGUCAGUGUGACUUUCAUACCCUCAGCACUAAAUACUGACAUUAUACUUCAGCAAUUUCCAGGACUCCAUUUGGAAGUAUUGGACACAAAUAUGAGAACUUCAGCCACUCAGGAAAAUCACACUGGAGAUGUCCUGGUGAAAAUGAAGGUGGAAGGCAUGACCUGCCAUUCCUGUACCAGCACUAUCGAAGGCAAGAUCGGGAAACUCAAAGGUGUCCAGCGGAUCAAAGUGUCCCUGGACAGCCAAGAAGCUCACAUAAUCUACCAACCUGACCUCAUCACCGUCUCAGAAAUCAGGAGCCAAAUAGAAGCAGCUGGAUUUACAGCAUCCAUAAAGAACAAACCCCUUCCAAAACUGGGAGUCAUUGACAUUAGACGCUUAACUAAUGGUAAUGGAGAUGUAGCACCGGCCAGACCAAAGUCUCUGAGUGACUUAACAAGUGCUGUAUUCCAGGUGGACGGCAUGCACUGCAAGUCAUGUGUCGUGAACAUUGAAAGUAACAUGUCUUCUCAUCCUGGGGUGUCCAGUGUUGAAGUAUCAUUAGAAAAGAAAUCUGCGGUGAUCAGUUAUAGUCCAAAUGUCCUUAGUUCAGAUGCUCUAUGUAGAGCUAUUGAAUCCUUGUCCCCAGGCACUUUUAAAGUCAGACUUUGUAAUGGCCUGCCCUGUGGUUAUCCUUCCAUUGUCCAGUCUUCAUCAGAAACCAGUAACGCGGAGCAGCUAUCGUCUGACCGGACACACCAGGAGCCUUCCUCUAAAGUCACUGUGGUGAACAUUGAAGGGAUGACUUGCAAUUCUUGUGUGCAAUCUAUUGAGGGCCUCAUCUCUAAGAAGCCAGGUGUAAUAUCUAUCACUGUGUCUCUGACAAAUAAAAAUGGGACAGUGACAUAUGACCCUCUUGUGACCAGCCCCGAACUUGUGCGGGCAGCCAUAGAAGAUAUGGGAUUUGAUGCCUCGCUUCCUGGCCUUUUACCUGAAAUUACUCUGGAACCCACACAGAAAUCUCAGCGCAAUUCUUUCCACCCAAAAGAAGGCUUCAGCAAAGACUCCCCGGAGCACAGCAGUCAGGAAACCAGAACUACCAACAAGUGUUUCAUUCAGGUCUCUGGCAUGACGUGUGCAUCCUGUGUUGCAAACAUAGAACGGAAUCUCCGCAGGGAAGAAGGUAUUCAUUCUGUUUUAGUAGCUUUAAUGGCAGGCAAGGCUGAAGUGAGAUACAACCCAAUGAUUAUACAGCCCGCAGACAUUGCUGAGCUCAUCCAAGAACUGGGCUUCGAGGCAACUGUACUAGAAAACUAUGACGAAGGAGACGGUGUCCUGGAGCUGGUGGUUAGAGGGAUGACCUGUGCAUCCUGUGUACAUAAAAUAGAAUCAUGUCUGAUGAAAACUAAAGGGGUGCAGUACAGCUCUGUAGCCCUUGCAACAAAUAAAGCUCAUAUUAAAUAUGAUCCAGAGAUCAUUGGCCCUAGAGACCUUAUCAAGAUUAUUAAUGAUUUAGGAUUCAGUACAUCGUUAGUUAAAAAAGACAGAUCUGCAACUCAUUUGGAUCACAGGACUGAAAUACAGAGGUGGAAGCGAUCUUUUCUUAUUAGCUUGAUCUUUUGCAUUCCUGUAAUGGGAUUAAUGAUCCACAUGAUGUUUAUGGACAGCAGUCACAUGAUGCUGAACCACCACAACAUGAGCAUGGACGAUAUAACAAUGUAUCACCCGACAAUGGUCCUGGAGUAUCAGAUCAUGCCAGGCCUGUCCAUCAUGAACCUGCUGUCCUUCCUGUUGUGUGUCCCUGUGCAGUUUUUAGGUGGAUGGUACUUCUACAUUCAAGCAUACAAGGCCUUGAAGCAUAGGACUGCCAAUAUGGAUGUACUCAUAGUCCUGGCCACCUCUAUCGCCUUUAUUUAUUCGCUGGUUAUUCUUCUGGUUGCCAUGUUUGAGAAAGCCAAAGUAAACCCAAUUACCUUUUUUGACACCCCUCCGAUGCUGUUUGUCUUCAUUGCCUUGGGCCGGUGGCUGGAGCAUGUUGCUAAGAGCAAAACAUCAGAAGCCCUGGCACGACUCAUUUCACUGCAAGCAACUGAAGCCACCAUUGUGACACUGAGGCCUGACAACUCCAUUGUGAGUGAGGAGCAGGUUGAUGUGGAAUUGGUGCAGAGAGGGGACAUUGUGAAAGUGGUACCUGGUGGAAAGUUUCCUGUGGACGGGCGAGUUGUUGAAGGCCACUCUAUGGUGGAUGAGUCCCUCAUUACAGGUGAAGCCAUGCCUGUCACUAAGAAGCCAGGAAGCAGUGUUAUAGCGGGCUCAAUUAACCAGAAUGGCUCCUUGCUCAUCUCUGCCACUCAUGUUGGUUCAGACACCACCUUAUCACAAAUAGUUAAACUUGUGGAAGAAGCACAGACAUCCAAGGCUCCUAUCCAGCAGUUUGCUGAUAAACUCAGUGGCUACUUUGUUCCUUUCAUUGUCAUAGUUUCUGUUGUCACCCUGAUUGUCUGGAUUAUUAUUGGGUACCAAGACUUUGAAAUAGUAGAGAAGUAUUUUCCUGGUUACAACAAGAGUAUUUCUAAAGGAGAAGUAAUUAUUAGGUUUGCUUUUCAAGCUGCCAUCACAGUGUUGUGUAUCGCUUGCCCUUGUUCACUCGGUUUGGCAACGCCAACUGCAGUUAUGGUUGGUACAGGAGUUGGCGCUCAGAAUGGCAUACUGAUUAAAGGAGGAGAACCCCUGGAAAUGGCACACAAGAUAAGAACUGUUGUGUUUGAUAAGACCGGAACAAUCACACAUGGUUGUCCUGUGGUUAUGCAAGUGAAGCUUUUGGCUGAAAAUAUAUCUUCAAACAAGCUGCUGGCAAUUGCGGGGUCUGCAGAGAGCAACAGCGAACACCCCCUUGGAGCAGCAGUUACAAAGCAUUGUAAAGAGGUCCUUAAAACAGAGAUCCUGGGAACUUGCUCCGAUUUUCAAGCAGUUCCUGGAUGUGGGAUCAGCUGCAGAGUCAGUAAUAUCGAACACCUUUUGAGCAGCACCAACCAGACAACAAGCACGAACAACAGCAAAAAUGCUCUGCUUGUACACAUCGAUGAAAGACACGAGGACCCUGAUAUUCAAUCUAUCGCUGAUUCCCAGAAAGCAACUUCUUCUACAUCAAAGCAGACAUAUUCUGUGCUUAUUGGGAACCGGGAGUGGAUGAAUCGAAAUUUCCUUAGUAUGGAGGACGAGACUGAUGCUCUUAUGACUAAACAUGAGAAUAAAGGUCGUACAGCGGUCCUGGUAGCAGUUGACGGUGUGGUCUGUGGAUUAAUAGCUAUAGCUGACACUGUGAAGCCAGAAGCAGCAUUAGCAGUUUAUACGUUGCGUUCUAUGGGGCUGGAUGUAGUGCUAAUGACUGGAGACAACAGCAAGACUGCGAAAACCAUUGCAUCCCAGGUCGGUAUAACCAAAGUGUUUGCUGAGGUUCUCCCAUCCCAUAAAGUAGCGAAGGUAAAGCAGCUGCAGGACCAAGGUACACGAGUGGCAAUGGUGGGCGAUGGAAUAAAUGACUCUCCUGCUCUGGCCAUGGCCAAUGUGGGGAUUGCCAUAGGGACCGGCACAGAUGUAGCCAUUGAAGCUGCAGACGUGGUGCUUAUACGGAAUGAUCUCCUGGAUGUUGUCGCCAGCAUUGACUUAUCGCGCAAGACUGUGAAAAGAAUAAGAAUAAAUUUUGUUUUUGCCCUGAUUUACAAUCUCAUUGGUAUACCUAUAGCUGCAGGUGUGUUCAUGCCAGUGGGAUUGAUUUUACAGCCCUGGAUGGGAUCCGCAGCUAUGGCCGCCUCCUCAGUUUCCGUUGUUUUCUCCUCUCUGCUGCUUAAACUUUACAGAAAGCCAAGUCGUGAGGAACUGGAACUGAAAGCUCAAGGUCAACUGCGGCGAAAGUCUCCAUCAGAAAUCAGUGUUCACAUCGGCAUCUCAGAAAACCUGAGAAGUUCUCCGAAGCUCAGCAUGUUGGACCGCAUUGUGAAUUACAGCCGAGCUUCCCUCAACUCCCUCAACUUUCUGUCUGAUAAACAUUCUCAGCACAGCGUCUCUCUGAACGAUCCUGACAAACAUACACUACUUAUAGAAGAUCCCAGAGGGGAAGAAGACUCCUUCCUGUGAUCAGAAGCACCCAAAUAUUCUAUCUGUUAAAUACAGAUACAUGGAAAAAUAUACCUAAGAGCCAGUGUGGGUGGACGUACCAAUGAGCCUUCUGUAGCUAACAUAUCAGUACAAUGCAGUGAAGCCUUGUGGCAGCAAGACUUAAAGCCAUUGACUUGUAAGCUUAUGUGCCUUAUUGUCUUCAGACAUUAUCCUAAAUUGACCAGGACACUGGUCGGUGAACACUCCUCUCACUUUUUCCUGUUCCUGUUUGUAUGGGGACAUAUAUCUAUUCCAGUUUGGUUUUUUUGUUAUCAAAUCACACAUAUGCACCGCCGGAUAUAUCCGAUCAGUGUUGACACUUUUUGAAAGUGGAGAUUUGCCUUUUUUUUAUUUCACAAGCUGCCCUCCUCCACGAAAAGAUGACAAUCCCUAUGUUCCUCACCCCCCCCAUAUAAUUGUACUGCUGCACUUUGUGAGGUGACAUUGUUGGUUAGUUUUUACUCCCACACACACAGCAGAAGAUUCCCUAAAACGUGCCUAAAACCUUUUUCUGAAAAGACCCUAAUCAGAUCCCACAAACCACAAAGAUGUUCAAAGGGUCAAAUAAAAUGUUCAUGUCAAGGA